AUGAGGUUUUCUAAUAUAUUUUAUUCUUUUCUUUUAUUUCAUCAGAGAAAAAAAUUAUCAAAUAAAAAUUAUUUUUUAAGAAAAAUAUAUAAUUCUAGUAAAAUGAUAUAUAGUUUUGAUUUUGAAGUUUUUGGAAAAGUUCAAGGUGUUUUUUUUAGAAAAUAUACAAAACAAGAAGCUGAUAAAUUAAACAUAAAAGGAUAUGUUCAGAAUACUGAUAAGAACACAGUAAUAGGUAAAGCAGAAAGCGAUAAAAAGGAAUCAUUAGAAAAAUUCAAAUUUUUUUUAACAAAUGUUGGUAGCCCUUCUUCAAAAAUUGAUAAAUGCAUUAUAACUGAUGAAAAAACAAUUAAUAGUUUUUCAAGUACAAAUUUUUUCAUAAAAAAAUAG